GCCUCCUGCAGCCAUUUUGCACCACCGAGGCAGGAGGAGGUGCAAGGAGGGGGGGAGCUGUAAGGAAUGAAGGGAAAGGGAUAAAGAGUUAUGGAGAGCCAAGAGGCAGCUAUAGGAGACACCGACUGAUAUGUCUGCAAAGACUGGCUCAUAGCAGCAGCUGUCAUCAGCAUCAUGGUGAAAAGGAAAAGCUCAGAGGGCCAGGAGCAGGAGAGCGGCCGUGGUAUCCCUCUGCCCAUCCAGACCUUCCUAUGGAGGCAAACCAGUGCAUUUUUAAGACCUAAACUGGGGAAACAAUAUGAAGCUUCCUGUGUGUCUUUUGAAAGAGUUUUAGUAGAGAACAAGCUUCAUGGCCUUUCUCCAGCUCUCUCUGAAGCCAUCCAGAGCAUUUCUCGCUGGGAACUUGUCCAGGCUGCGCUCCCACAUGUGCUACACUGCACUGCAACAUUGCUCUCCAACCGAAACAAGCUAGGUCACCAGGAUAAACUUGGAGUAGCUGAAACAAAGCUUCUUCACACUCUUCACUGGAUGCUGCUAGAGGCCCCUCAGGACUGCAGCAAUGACCGAUUUGGAGGAGACAGAGGUUCUAGCUGGGGAGGGAGCAGUAGUGCCUUUAUCCACCAGGCUGAAAACCAAGGAUCACCGGGACAUCCCCGACCCAGCACCACGAAUGAUGAGGAGGAGAACAACAGAAGGAAGUUCUUCCAGAACUCCAUGGCCACUGUGGAGCUCUUUGUGUUCCUCUUUGCUCCUCUUGUUCACAGGAUUAAAGAAUCUGACCUGACAUUUCGAUUGGCUAGUGGCCUUGUUAUUUGGCAGCCAAUGUGGGAACACAGGCAACCUGAAGUGUCUGCCUUCAAUGCCCUUGUAAAACCAAUCAGGAACAUUGUUACAGCUAAAAGAAGUUCUCCUACCAACAAUCAGAGUGUGACUUGUGAAUCCCCAAAUCUGGACAGUGGUCAUACAGAGGGGCUACAGGUGGUCUGUGAGACAACCCUGCCGGAUUCUGUACCUCCAAAGCCCACUGUUUCAGCAUGCCAUCGUGGAAAUUCCUUGGAAGGAAGCGUGUCCUCUCAAACCUCUCAGGAGAGAGGUACUCCACAUCCCAGAGUGUCUUUGGUGAUCCCACCAUGCCAGAAAUCUCGCUAUGCCACUUACUUUGAUGUGGCAGUGCUGCGCUGCUUGCUGCAGCCUCACUGGUCUGAGGAGGGCACACAGUGGUCACUGAUGUACUACCUGCAGAGACUGAGGCAUAUGCUACAGGAAAAACCUGAGAAACCACCUGAACCUGAGAUCACCCCUUUGCCGAGACUUCGCAGUAGCUCCAUGGUGGCUGCUGCACCAUCUCUGGUGAAUACCCACAAAACUCAGGAUCUUACAAUGAAAUGUAACGAGGAAGAAAAAUCUCUAAGCACAGAAGCAUUUUCCAAAGUUUCACUGACCAACUUGCGUAGGCCAGCAGUUCCAGAUCUCUCCACAGAUCUGGGGAUGAACAUCUUCAAAAAGUUUAAAAGCCGCAAAGAGGACAGAGAGCGUGAACGCAAAGGGUCAAUUCCUUUCCACCAUACUGGGAAGAAGCGUCAACGGAGAAUGGGAAUGCCCUUUCUUCUCCAUGAGGACCAUUUGGAUGUUUCACCCACUCGGAGCACUUUUUCAUUUGGCAGUUUUUCUGGCAUUGGAGAGGACCGACGUGGCAUUGAGAGAGGAGGAUGGCAAACCACCAUAUUGGGAAAGUUCACCAGACGGGGGAGCUCUGACACAGCAACGGAGAUGGAAAGCCUGAGCGCUAGGCACUCGCACUCUCACCACACUCUUGUCUCUGAUCUGCCAGACCACUCAAACAGCCAUGGAGAGAACACAGUCAAAGAAGUUCGGUCCCAGAUCUCUACCAUCACUGUGGCUACCUUCAACACUACCCUGGCUUCGUUCAAUGUGGGCUAUGCCGAUUUCUUCAGUGAGCACAUGAGGAAGCUUUGCAAUCAGGUGCCCAUCCCUGAGAUGCCUCAUGAACCUCUUGCGUGUGCCAACCUCCCACGGAGCCUGACAGACUCAUGCAUCAAUUACAGUUGCUUGGAGGAUACGGAUCACAUUGAUGGAACCAACAACUUUGUCCACAAGAACGGCAUGCUGGAUCUCUCGGUAGUCCUGAAGGCUGUUUACUUGGUGUUGAACCAUGACAUCAGCUCCAGGAUCUGUGAUGUGGCACUGAACAUUGUGGAGUGCUUGCUUCAGCUUGGAGUGGUGCCAAGUGUAGAGAAAGUCCGGAGGAAGAGUGAGAACAAAGAAAAUGAAGCCCCUGAAAAGAGACCAAAUGAAGGAUCCUUCCAACUCAAAGCUUCUGGAGGUUCAACUUGUGGGUUUGGGCCUCCUCCAGUCAGUGGAGCUGGAGAUGGAGGAGAAGAAGGAGGUGGUGGAAGUGGUGGAGGAGGAAGUGAUGGAGGAGGUGGAGGAGGAGGGCCGUAUGAGAAGAAUGACAAAAACCAAGAAAAGGAUGAAGGUCCGUCUAUCAGCACCCAUAGGCUGGCACUCACAAUGCUUAUCAAAAUUGUGAAGUCCUUGGGUUGUGCCUAUGGUUGUGGGGAAGGACACCGAGGGCUCUCUGGAGAUCGCCUGAGACACCAGGCUCAGAACUGCCUCACAAAGCUGUACAAACUGGAUAGGAUGCAGUUCCGCCAAACCAUGAGGGAUUAUGUGAACAGAGAUUCUCUUAACAAUGUGGUGGAUUUCCUUCAUGCUUUACUGGGAUUCUGCAUGGAGCCAGUCACAGACAACAAAGCUGGAUUUGGGAAUAACUUCACCACAGUGGACAACAAGUCUACAGCACAGAGUGUAGAAGGUAUUAUUGUGAGUGCAAUGUUCAAGUCACUGAUCACUCGGUGUGCUUCCACUACACAUGAGCUGCACAGUCCGGAAAACCUUGGCUUGUACUGUGAUAUCCGUCAGCUUGUUCAGUUUAUCAAGGAGGCUCAUGGGAAUGUCUUUCGGAGAGUGGCACUCAGUGCCCUUUUAGACAGUGCUGAGAAGUUAAUACCAGGAAAAAAAACAGAGGAAACAGAGCAAGAGCUGAAGUCUUCUGGCAGCAAAAGAUCUGAGAUGGGAAGCGUCAUCAUCGAUAAAGGUCAGGCAUCAGCUGCACCCGAUGAAUGUCGCAGUUACAUCUCAAGCCGCCCGAUGCAAACUCCAGAACAUGAUGAGCAAAACCAAGGUGCUGUUCUGGGACGUAAGGACUUCUGGCGAAAGAUGUUCAAAUCACAGAGUGCAGCAAGUGAUACCAGUAGUCAGUCUGAGCAGGACACAUCUGAAUGUACCACUGCUCACUCUGGGACCACUACAGACAGACGCUCCCGUUCCCGUUCUCGACGAAUCUCCCUUCGAAAGAAACUCAAACUCCCCAUAGGGAACUGGCUGAAGCGCUCCUCCCUCUCUGGCCUGGCUGAUGGGGUGGAAGAUCUCUUAGAUAUCAGCUCUGUUGACCGUCUGUCUUUCAUCAGACAGAGUUCAAAGGUGAAGUUUACCAGUGCAGUGAAGCUGUCAGAAGGAGGGGGGCCAGGAGGUGGCCUGGACAAUGGGCGAGAUGAAGAGGAGAAUUUCUUCAAGCGUCUUGGUAAAUGGCGCACCUGCCGAAGACACCCAUCCAAGCUUCAUCACACAGAAGAAAAAGAUGGUUGCCAUAGCUUUGAUGAUCACUUGACCUCCAACCAAGAAGGAGGAAAAUCCAAGAACGUUGUGAACCUGGGAGCAAUCCGUCAAGGGAUGAAGCGCUUUCAGUUUCUCCUGAACUGCUGUGAACCAGGCACUAUCCCCGAUGCCUCCAUCUUAGCAGCUGCCCUAGAUCUUGAAGCUCCUGUAGUGGCAAGAGCAGCCCUGUUCCUUGAGUGUGCGCGUUUUGUUCAUCGCUGCAACCGUGGCAACUGGCCCGAGUGGAUGAAGGGCCACCAUGUGAACAUUACUAAGAAAGGCCUGUCCCGUGGACGCUCUCCUAUUGUUGGCAACAAAAGGAACCAGAAACUGCAGUGGAAUGCAGCUAAGCUCUUCUACCAAUGGGGAGAUGCAAUUGGUGUCCGCCUCAAUGAGCUGUGCCACGCUGAGAGUGAGAGCCCUGCCAAUCUGCUGGGCCUAAUUUAUGAUGAGGAGACCAAGAGGCGCCUGAGAAAAGAGGAUGAGGAGGAAGACUUUUUAGAUGACAGCACUGUGAAUCCUACCAAAUGCUGUUGUCCUUUUGCGCUGAAAAUGGCAGCCUGCCAACUUCUCCUGGAGAUUACCACUUUCCUUCGAGAGACCUUUCCAUACAUGCCUAGGCCACGUCCUGAGCCUCUUGUGGAUCUGGAGAGCUGUAGGCUACGUCUGGACCCUGAGAUGGACCGGCACAGGUAUGAAAGAAAAAUCAGCUUUGCUGGUGUUCUGGAUGAAAAUGAAGAUUCAAAGGAUUCCCUGCACAGCAGCAGCCACACCCUCAAAUCUGAGGCUGGCUUCGAGGAGAAAAAAGUUCCCAGCAGGAAGAUCAGGAUAGGAGGCUCCCGCUUGCUCCAGAUUAAAGGAACCCGCAGUUUCCGGGUGAAGAAGGGGGGUUCCCUUUCCAGCAUUCGCCGGGCCGGCAGCCUAAAGAGCACCAAGUUAUCACGGCAGGACUCAGAGUCUGAGAAUGAGGAGCUGCAGCUGUCCCACAGCAGGGACACUGUCACUGAUAUAGAAGGGAGCCCUUGGAGCGCGAGCGAACCUAGCAUUGAGCCAGAGGUGCUGAGCAGCACAGGCACGGAGGAGAACUAUCAUCGGAACAUGUCAUGGCUGCACGUUAUGAUCCUCUUAUGCAAUCAGCAAAGUUUCAUAUGUACUCACAUUGACUACUGUCACCCACACUGCUACCUUCAUCAUAGCCGGUCCUGUGCUCGCCUUGUUCGUGCCAUCAAACUCCUGUAUGGAGACACAGUGGACUCUCUUCGAGAAAACAGCACAUUGAACAGUGUGGCAAGAGGCAAAAAGCAAAAAGAAUGCUCAGACAAGUCAUGCCUCAGAACUCCCUCUCUAAAAAAGAGAGUGAUUGAUAUCAACUUGGAAGGAAAGAAGGACUCUGGAAUGUUAAAAUACAUUAGACACCAGGUUAUGAGCCUCUCCCCUGCACCUUUGUCACUGCUAAUCAAGGCAGCUCCUGUCCUCACUGAGGAAAUGUAUGGGGACAUCCAUCCUGCAGCAUGGGAGCUCCUGCUCAGUGUGGAUGAGCACAUGGCUGGAGCAGCAGCUGCCAUGUUCCUGCUAUGUGCUGUGAAAGUGCCAGAGGCUGUUUCUGACAUGCUGAUGUCCGAAUUUCAUCACCCGGAGACAGUGCAAAGACUGAAUGCCAUUCUCAAAUUUCACACGCUCUGGAGGUUUCGGUAUCAAGUCUGGCCUAGGAUGGAAGAAGGAGCUCAACAGAUCUUUAAGAUCCCUCCUCCAAGUAUAAACUUCACUUUGCCUUCUCCUGUUCUGGGGAUGCCCUCUGUGCCGAUGUUUGAUCCUCCCUGGGUCCCUCAGUGCAGUGGGAGCGUGCAAGAUCCUAUCAAUGAAGACCAGUCGAAGUCAUUUUCAGCCAGAGCAGUGUCUCGUUCCCAUCAGCGAGCAGAGCACAUCCUGAAGAACCUGCAGCAGGAGGAAGAAAAGAAGCGCUUGGGUCGGGAAGCCAGUCUCAUCACUGCUAUUCCCAUCACUCAGGAGGCUUGCUAUGAGCCAACCUGCACACCAAGCUCAGAGCAGGAAGAAGAAGUAGAAGAAGUUGCCAACCUGGCCUCCCGCCGUCUCUCUGUGAGUCCUUCCUGCACCUCCAGUACAUCUCAUAGGAACUACUCUUUCCGUCGUGGCUCUGUCUGGUCAGUGCGGUCAGCAGUCAGUGCAGAAGAUGAAGAACAUACUACAGAGCAUACUCCAAACCAUCAUGUGCCACAACCACCCCAAGCUGUGUUUCCAGCAUGCAUCUGUGCAGCAGUACUCCCCAUUGUCCAUUUGAUGGAAGAUGGGGAAGUCCGGGAAGAUGGAGUAGCUGUGAGUGCUGUUGCUCAGCAGGUCCUGUGGAACUGCUUAAUUGAAGAUCCCUCUACAGUUCUGCGCCAUUUCCUUGAGAAGCUCACAAUAAGCAACCGACAGGAUGAGCUAAUGUAUAUGUUAAGGAAGCUUUUGUUGAAUAUUGGGGACUUUCCUGCGCAGACAUCUCAUAUCCUCUUUAAUUACUUGGUGGGACUGAUCAUGUAUUUUGUACGCACUCCAUGUGAAUGGGGCAUGGAUGCCAUUUCUGCCACGCUAACCUUCCUCUGGGAAGUGGUGGGUUAUGUUGAAGGGCUUUUUUUCAAGGAUCUCAAACAGACUAUGAAGAAGGAACAGUGUGAAGUGAAACUGCUGGUGACUGCCUCAAUGCCAGGCACAAAGACCCUUGUUGUGCAUGGACAGAAUGAGUGUGACAUACCAACUCAGUUACCAGUCCAUGAAGAUACACAGUUUGAGGCUCUUCUGAAGGAGUGUUUGGAGUUUUUUAACAUACCUGAAACACAGUCUUCUCAUUACUUUUUAAUGGAUAAGCGAUGGAAUCUUAUUCAUUACAAUAAGACCUAUGUUCGUGACAUUUAUCCUUUCCGGAGGUCAGUUUCUCCCCAGCUCAACCUGGUGCAGAUGCAUCCAGAAAAGGGUCAGGAGCUCAUUCAGAAGCAGGUGUUCACUCGCAAACUAGAAGAGGUGGGGCGGGUGUUGUUCCUCAUAUCAUUGACACAGAAAAUCCCUACUGCCCACAAGCAGUCACACGUAUCAAUGCUUCAGGAAGACCUCCUCCGCUUGCCUUCAUUUCCCCGAAAUGCCAUUGAUGCUGAGUUCUCACUCUUCAGUGAUCCCCAAGCUGGAAAAGAGCUCUUUGGUCUUGACACUCUUCAAAAAAGCUUGUGGAUUAAGCUGCUGGAAGAGAUGUUCCUUGGCAUGCCUAGCGAGUUCCCCUGGGGGGAUGAGAUCAUGCUGUUCUUGAAUGUCUUCAAUGGUGCCCUGAUCCUGCACCCUGAAGACAGUGCCUUGUUGAGACAGUAUGCUGCUACAGUCAUCAACACAGCUGUGCACUUUAACCACCUCUUCUCCCUCAGUGGGUACCAGUGGGUGCUCCCCAGCAUGUUGCAGGUAUAUGCUGACUAUGAAAGCAACCCACAGUUACGCCAAGCCAUAGAGUUUGCAUGCCGCCAGUUCUAUGUUCUGCAUCGCAAGCCCUUCAUUCUGCAGCUGUUUGCAAGUGUCGCCCCUCUGCUGGAGUUCCCUGAUGCUACGAACAACGGAACCAGCAAAGGAGUGUCAGCUCAGUGCCUGUUUGACCUGCUGCAGUCCUUAGAGGGAGAUACUCCAGACAUUUUGGACAUCUUAGAGCUGGUGAGAGCAGAAAAGCCUCUCAAGUCAUUAGACUUCUGCUAUGGGAAUGAGGACUUGACCUUUUCGAUCAGUGAAGCCAUCAAACUAUGUGUGACAGUGGUGGCCUAUGCUCCUGAGUCAUUCAGAAGCCUCCAGAUGCUGAUGGUCUUGGAAGCGUUGGUUCCCUGUUACUUGCAGAAACUGAAGCAACAAACCUCUCAAGUGGAGACUGUGACAGCAGCUCGUGAGGAGAUUGCUGCUAUGGCUGCACUUGCCACCUCUUUGCAGGCCCUCUUAUACAGUGUCGAAGUUCUCACCAGGCCUAUGACAGCCCCACAGAUGAGUCGAUGCGACCAAGGCCAUAAAGGGACUACAGCAGCUAACCACACCAUGUCAGCAGGUGUGAACACCAGGUACCCAGAACAGGGAGCCAAACUACACUUUAUCAGGGAAAACCUUCAUUUACUGGAGGAGGGCCAAGGUCUUCCCCGAGAGGAACUGGAUGAACGAAUUGCUAGAGAGGAGUUCAGGAGACCACGGGAGUCACUGCUGAAUAUCUGCACUGAGUUUUACAAGCACUGUGGUCCAAGGCUGAAGAUUUUGCAGAACCUGGCUGGAGAGCCCAGAGUCACCUCUCUGGAACUGCUGGAUGUGAAGUCACAUAUGAGAUUGGCAGAAAUUGCACAUUCCCUGCUGAAAUUGGCACCUUAUGACACGCAGACGAUGGAGAGUCGAGGUCUCCGGCGCUACAUCAUGGAGAUGUUACCCAUCACUGACUGGACAGCUGAGGCGGUGAGACCUGCCCUUAUCCUCAUCUUAAAGAGAUUGGAUCGUAUGUUCAAUAAAAUUCACAAGAUGCCUACUCUGAGGCGCCAGGUUGAGUGGGAGCCUGCCAGCAAUUUGAUUGAAGGGGUUUGUUUGACACUUCAGAGGCAGCCAAUCAUAUCCUUCCUGCCUCACCUUAGGUCUCUGAUCAAUGUGUGUGUCAAUCUGGUGAUGGGAGUGGUAGGACCCUCCAGUGUGGCUGACGGAUUACCCCUUCUUCAUCUCAGCCCUUAUCUCUCGCCACCUCUGCCCUUCAGCACAGCUGUUGUCCGGCUUGUAGCAUUGCAGAUACAGGCUUUGAAAGAAGAUUUCCCCCUAAGCCAUGUCGUCUCCCCAUUCACCAAUCAGGAAAGAAGGGAAGGAAUGCUUUUAAACCUACUGAUUCCAUUUGUGCUCACAGUAGGAUCUGGAAGCAAAGAUAGCCCCUGGCUGGAGCAGCCUGAGGUCCUACUGCUGCUCCAGACUGUUAUCAAUAUCCUUCUGCCACCUCGCAUCAUCAGCACAUCCCGCAGCAAGAACUUUAUGCUGGAGAGCUCCCCUGCCCACUGUUCCACCCCAGGGGAUGCAGGGAAGGACCUGCGGCGGGAAGGGCUUGCAGAGUCCACCAGCCAGGCUGCCUACCUGGCCUUGAAGGUGAUCCUUGUUUGCUUUGAACGCCAACUGGACAGCCAGUGGUACUGGUUGAGCCUGCAAGUCAAAGAGAUGGCGCUGAGGAAGGUGGGAGGGCUGGCCCUGUGGGACUUCCUCGACUUUAUCGUGCGAACACGGAUUCCUAUCUUUGUGCUCCUUCGGCCCUUCAUCCAGUGCAAGCUGCUGGCCCAACCGGCUGAGAACCAUGAGGAGCUGACUGCAAGACAACACAUUGCUGACCAGCUGGAGAGACGGUUCAUACCACGACCUCUCUGCAAGAGCUCCCUCAUUGCAGAGUUCAACAAUGAGUUGAAGAUCCUGAAGGAGGCAGUGCACAGUGGAUCUGCAUACCAAGGGAAGACAUCUGUGAGCACUGUGGGCACCUCCACCUCCGCUUACCGCCUGAGUUUGGCCACCAUGUCCCGUUCCAACACUGGCACUGGCACAGUCUGGGAGCAGGACAGCGAGCCUUCCCAGCAGGCCUCUCAGGACACACUGAGCCGUACAGAUGAGGAAGAUGAAGAAAAUGACUCCUUGAGCAUGCCCAGUGUGGUAAGUGAACAAGAAGCAUACCUUAUGGGUGCCAUUGGGAGGAGGAGAUUCUCCAGCCAUCUCUCCAGCAUGUCUGCACCUCAGGCUGAGGUGGGCAUGUUGCCCAGCCAAAGGGUGGCAAGCGUGCAAAGUGAGCCAGGGCAGCAGAACCUCCUUCUGCAGCAACCCCUGGGGCGGAAGAGGGGUCUACGGCAGCUUCGACGACCACUGCUGUCACGUCAGAAAACUCAGACUGAACCUCGUAGCCGCCACGGAGCUCGACUUUCAACCACUCGACGGAGCAUCCAGCCAAAACCAAAACCAAGUGCGGAGCAGAAGCGUUCGGUGACUUUCACUGAAGCCCAGCCGGAGGCAACACCACCAUCCCCAGCCAAAUCCCCAGGUUCAGCUGCCCAGCAGCAGGGCUGCAGCCACAGCAGCCCUCAGGAGAGCAGCAAGCAGGAAGCACCAAGUAAACCUGUGCUGACGUCCUCACCUGCCGUCGUUGUAGCUGAUCUCCAUAGCCAGACCACUGGCCAGAGCGAGGCACUUUCUGCUGAGGAGAAAGAGGAGAGCGUGGAGUCCCGGCCAGCCACAGCACAAAGCACACCACCCACACAGCUCUCUGACACCGAGGACUAUGCUGGCCUCGAGACCACCAGCUUGCUGCAGCACGGGGACACAGUCCUUCACAUCAGUGAGGACAACGGGAUGGAAAACCCCUUGCUGGCCACUCACUUCAGCUUCACACAUGUGGAGCUUGGGGAGACGGACGUCGACCUGGAUGAAUCUCAUGUUUAACUCUUGGGGAGGUACAGGAGUGGCAGGAGGAAGAGAAAACUGUACCUUCUCCUUUGAGUUCCCCGGUAACUAGUAACUAAUUAAGAGCACUUUAUUAUCCAGAAGCAGAAUAGAGCUAACAGCCUGUUGCUAUAGACUGGCAAAUUUCUGUAUGAGGAAUCUAUUUAUAUCCAGGGCAAGACUGUAGGAGCAGAGAAUUUGUACAAAAUUCUCAGGGUAUGGGUGUGUGGGCAAAUGUGUGUGGUCUACAAAGCCCUGAUGUGGCAGCCGUGCACUGUGAUAGGCAGCCUCUCUGGGUAAGCAGGCUGAGGUACUGUGCAAGGAAAGAGAGUGAGAGACCUCUUUGGAGAUUUAUUUUUGUAGCUGUGUUGAGAAGAGGGCUGGUUAUGCAGUAGCUGGAUGCCAGGCUUUUACAGCUUAGUACCAACAGUGAAAACACUGACAAAAAGUACCAAUCUAAAGCUUGACUUUUACGAGCCUGGGACCAUUGUUUCUUACUUGCAGAGCAAUGAUAAGCACCGUGGAGCAAUUAAACAUUUUUGUUUCCUUUUUAAUUUUUUUGGCACUGCAGACUUUAGUUGAGUUUACUUUUAUCUGUUGGUGUCAUUCCACUCUGUAAGAUGCUGCCCUCCUGCUACAAAAAUAUUUGCUCUGUAAAACUAAAUACAGUGCAUACCAUACAAAGGAAUGCACGUGCUGUGCACAGAGAGAGAUGGACAGGGGGUGAGUGGUCUGCAGAUGGUAUACAUACUCCACGCUGUCCUGCUUUUGUGUACUGGGUGAUACACAGCUUAAAAAGAAAACCACCUAGGGAACCACAUCAGGAAUGCGUGGACCUUUUGGUACCUUGCAGCUCCUCCACUGAUGCUGUCUUACGUACUUAGAUAUAGGGAUUUAAAGUAAAUAUUUAUAUAUGGUAUUUUCGUGUUCCUUAUAGAUGCAAACAUACAAAUAUAUAUGUACUUUGCAAACAAAAGAUGGAUAUUGCAGGGCAGAAACUUAUGAAAGAAUCUAUUUUUGGCAUGCUGAGAUUCUAUUUAAAAAGGUUCCAUUUUAUGUGUGUAACAUUGAUGGCUGCAAGUGCGAGAUAUGUUUGUAUUGUAUGUCUGUAGCAGAAUUACUGGGACAUGUGAAUGUAGCCAUUAGCUGCUUAGGGACAAACUGCAAACCAGCUGUGAAUCAAGCCAUGAAAUCAUAAGCAGUGCCCAAAGUCACCCUGUGCUUUGGGACUCCCAUGCAGCCUUUUCCAGUGUCUGUGAGAAGGACUAGUUACUGCGGUUUGUGACUGUGGUGUUAUUGUGCAGAGAAAAAUGCUUCAGAUCACUGUGAGAGUUUGCAAAAUGUGCUCAUUACCAGUUUGGCCCCUGGGGCUUGUAAUUUGAACGUGUGCGUCAUAAAGCAGCCUGACUGUGAAGAUGGAGCGAUAUCCUCUCCAUCUCCAAGGCAAGGACUCGUGUCUCUUGCCAGCAUCUCCCUGGGAGCUGUUGAAAUACCGCACUACAAACGCUUGUCUCACUGCUGUGGUGCAGCGUGCACAUUUUACUGCGUUGUGAAGAACGAUGUGCACACGUGGCAGCAGCAGGUUGCAGUCGUGUUCCAACCCGUGCAGCCCUGGGCCGUGCUGCCCGGCGUCUGCCAAAGGCUCACAUUUGAUGGGAGCUGUCAGGAGGGAUUCUGUGCGCAUCCAACUCCUGCAGCUGACAGCAAAAGCCAUCCCAAGCGCAGGGGCACUGAGCACAUGCUGCUUCCACUGCACGGGGGGCAAACUGUAUCUCUUUAUUAAUCUGUCUGUCCAUCCAUCUGUAGGUGGUGCACUAAUGCAGCUUUAAAGCUUACGUGGUUUGUAAGGGAGAUGAUGGGGUGGCAGCCUUAGAGCUGCUGCUCAUUGGGCAUCCCGAAUGACAGGUGCUUGCUUUGCUGACCACACUGUGCUCUGCCCUUCUUAUCUCCUCAGCAUGCUGCAGCCAGCACCAGCCUCCUGUAGCAGAGCGCUCUGCAUCAGCUCCUAGCUCAAAUGCCAGUUGUAGAAGUGUUACUGCUAACAGUGAUGCACAAGUGAGAGAAAACAUAGCCUCACUUUGACAGCCCCAGGUAGGCUGGGUGCAAGUGGGCAGCAGGAGGAGAGCUUGGGUGCAGGCCGAGCAAACUGCUGCAGUGCAGCACAGAGCUCGGGGUGCAUUGCAUCCAGUGACCUUGUGUUGGAAACAAGAAGGGAGGACUGGCCUUAAUGAGAGCGGGGGCCUCACUGUGUACUGCAGCAGCAAUUAACAAUCUGAUUUAUGUAAGUGUAUGUCAUACGAAUUGCAUUAAGGUCUCCCUCUGCCAGCAGUGACCCUGCAGCAGCAAGCCAUAGGCAGGCCUAGAACGCCUGUUUCCCACGUGUCCCUGCCGGCACGCGGUGCAGCCGGCCGUGCAGCGCUGCGUCUCCGUGUGUUUCCCAUCGGCCCGGUGCCUGCCGUGUGCUGCAGCCCGUUGGUGCUGCGCCGCGUUCCGCGCCGGUGCUCAGCUGUGCUUUGGCUUUUCUUCUGUAUCUCUAACAGAACCGCCGCGUUUCUGCUGUGAGCGCAAACGGCGCCGCUCCCUUAGCGUUAGAGGCCUUAAGCGCGCGUGCUGUCGAACCCGUCCGUGUUUCCGUCGGUCCUGCCGCCUCGCCAUUUUAUGCACAUGUUGUUCCGAGGCCUAAAUACAGAGGCAGAAGGACAGAGCCGUGUCUGUGUUUGCUGCCGCGCCGCGCUGCCCGGGCCCGCAGAGCCGCCGGCCCGCGUGCCGUCCGACAGCCGCGGCCACCGCC